UUAUAAUCGCCAUUUUGUUAUACCACAAUGUCAUCAAAACCCUAGCUUCACUCCUCUCUUCAUUCCAAUUUUGGUUGCUUAAGUGCUGUCCUCUUCCUCAUUUUCCCACCACCCACUUGCGGCUGCAACCUCGGCACAGAAGCGCCAUGGCUUCAGAGAAUAAAUUAUCGAACCCAAUGAGAGAUAUCAAGGUCCAAAAGCUAGUUCUCAACAUCUCCGUCGGUGAAAGCGGAGAUCGACUCACAAGAGCGGCUAAGGUCUUGGAACAACUCAGUGGCCAAACCCCGGUCUUCUCCAAAGCGAGGUACACUGUCCGGUCCUUUGGAAUUAGGCGUAAUGAGAAGAUUGCAUGCUAUGUAACUGUUAGGGGUGACAAGGCAAUGCAGCUUCUGGAGAGUGGGCUGAAGGUGAAGGAAUACGAGCUGCUGAGGAGGAACUUCAGCGAUACUGGCUGUUUUGGCUUCGGUAUUCAGGAGCAUAUUGAUCUUGGAAUUAAGUAUGACCCUUCAACUGGUAUUUAUGGUAUGGAUUUCUAUGUUGUCCUGGAGCGCCCGGGUUAUCGUGUGGGCCGCCGUCGAAGGUGCAAGUCUCGCGUCGGAAUCCAACACAGGGUCACAAAGGAGGAUGCUAUGAAGUGGUUCCAGGUCAAAUACGAGGGUGUCAUCCUUAAUAAGGCCCAGACAAUUGGUGGUUCUUAAGAUCAUGUAUUGGUGUAUCACUGUUUUUGGAAAACCCAGGUUUAUGCUUUUGUAGACUAUUAUUACUCUUGAAAUCUAAGUUUUGGGUAGUUGCAAUUGUGUUUUCGGAUGUCAUAUGUAGUACUCUGUUUUUCAUUUUUUGAGAUAAUUCUCAGCUGGCCCGUUUUAGUGAUUCACAUUCUAGUUUAUUAUUUUUGUGAGAAUAUGUUGUUUGAUGGUCCAUUUUUCAAGCUUCCAGCACUUGUCUUCAAAAUGAUGGUGUGAAAGAUUGACGAGGUGUGAUUAUUACUGAGGUUUUAUGGAGUGAAUAUGGAUCCUUGAACUUCGGCAUUUUGUUGUUACUGAUGCGCCCAUUACAAGAUACCUUUUGUUAACUCGUG